UUCCUUUGUCACAUGACAGUGGUGGGAAGUGGGGGGGCGGCUGAGCAGGCGCCUAGCUAGGACGGGGUUUGUUGCAAGCGCUGCGGGGGUUGCAGUGAGCGACGCGCCACUAUGCCGACUACACAGCAGUCUCCUCAGGAUGAGCAAGAGAAGCUUCUGGAUGAAGCCAUUCAAGCUGUCAAGGUCCAAUCCUUCCAAAUGAAGCGGUGUUUGGACAAGAACAAGCUAAUGGAUGCCCUGAAACAUGCCUCUAACAUGCUUGGUGAGCUGCGGACUUCGAUGCUUUCCCCAAAGAGCUAUUAUGAGCUCUAUAUGGCGAUUUCUGAUGAGCUACACUACUUGGAGGUGUACCUGACGGAUGAGUUUGCCAAGGGAAGGAAGGUGACGGAUCUCUAUGAACUGGUGCAGUAUGCUGGAAACAUCAUCCCGCGGCUAUAUUUACUCAUAACCGUUGGCGUUGUCUACGUUAAGUCCUUCCCUCAGUCCAGGAAGGAUAUCUUAAAAGACCUGGUGGAAAUGUGCCGUGGUGUCCAGCAUCCUCUGAGGGGCCUGUUUCUGCGCAACUAUCUCCUUCAGUGCACACGGAACAUCUUGCCUGAUGACGGGGAACAGACAGACGAAGAAACGACUGGGGACAUCAGCGAUUCCAUGGACUUUGUGCUGCUGAACUUUGCUGAGAUGAACAAGCUCUGGGUGCGAAUGCAGCACCAGGGACACAGUCGUGACCGAGAGAAGAGGGAGCGUGAGAGGCAGGAGCUGAGAAUCCUGGUGGGAACCAACCUGGUUCGGCUGAGUCAGCUGGAAGGGGUCAAUGUGGAGAGAUAUAAGCAGAUUGUCUUGCCCGGCAUAUUGGAACAAGUUGUCAACUGCAGGGAUGCCUUAGCUCAGGAAUACCUCAUGGAGUGCAUCAUACAGGUCUUCCCGGAUGAAUUUCACCUCCAGACCUUGAACCCUUUUCUACGAGCCUGUGCGGAGUUGCACCAAAAUGUGAAUGUGAAGAAUAUCAUCAUUGCUUUAAUUGACAGGCUUGCGCUCUUUGCUCACCGAGAGGAUGGGCCAGGGAUCCCUGCUGAUAUUAAGCUCUUCGACAUUUUCUCCCAGCAGGUUGCUACCGUCAUACAGUCUAGACAAGAUAUGCCUUCAGAGGACGUGGUGUCGCUUCAGGUCUCUCUCAUUAACCUGGCGAUGAAGUGCUACCCGGAUCGUGUUGACUAUGUCGACAAAGUGCUGGAGACAACGGUGGAGAUCUUUAACAAGCUGAACCUGGAGCACAUCGCCACAAGCAGCGCCGUAUCCAAGGAGCUGACAAGGCUUUUGAAGAUCCCGGUCGACACCUACAACAAUGUCCUGACUGUCUUGAAACUGAAACAUUUCCACCCGCUCUUUGAGUACUUCGACUACGAGUCCAGGAAGAGCAUGAGUUGCUACGUGCUCAGCAAUGUGCUGGAUUACAACACGGAAAUCGUCUCCCAAGACCAGGUGGAUGCCAUCAUGAACCUUGUGUCGACGCUGAUCCAGGACCAGCCAGACCAGCCGGCUGAGGAUCCAGACCCCGAGGAUUUUGCAGACGAACAGGGCCUCGUGGGCAGGUUUAUUCACCUCCUCCGUUCCGACGAUCCUGAUCAGCAGUACCUGAUUUUAAACACUGCCCGGAAACACUUUGGCGCGGGAGGAAACCAGCGCAUCCGUUUCACGUUGCCCCCCUUGGUCUUCGCUGCCUACCAGCUCGCUUUCCGCUAUAAGGAGAAUUCUAAAGUGGAUGACAAAUGGGAAAAGAAAUGCCAGAAGAUCUUCUCGUUUGCGCACCAGACGAUCAGCGCUUUGAUCAAGGCUGAGCUGGCAGAGCUCCCUCUGCGGCUGUUCCUCCAGGGGGCGCUGGCGGCAGGAGAGAUCGGGUUUGAGAACCAUGAAACGGUGGCUUACGAAUUCAUGUCCCAGGCGUUCUCUCUGUACGAAGACGAAAUCAGUGACUCAAAAGCCCAGCUGGCUGCAAUCACCUUGAUAAUUGGGACAUUCGAGCGGAUGAAAUGUUUUGGCGAGGAGAACCACGAGCCCCUGAGAACCCAGUGCGCCCUGGCGGCUUCCAAGCUGCUGAAGAAGCCGGAUCAGUGCCGAGCUGUCAGCACCUGCGCCCAUCUCUUCUGGUCCGGCCGGAACAUGGACAAGAACGGAGAGGAGCUCCACGGUGGGAAGAGAGUCAUGGAGUGCUUGAAAAAGGCAUUAAAAAUAGCAAAUCAGUGCAUGGACCCCUCUCUCCAAGUCCAGCUCUUCAUAGAAAUUCUCAACAGAUACAUCUACUUCUACGAAAAAGAGAACGAUGCGGUGACAAUUCAGGUUUUGAAUCAGCUCAUACAGAAAAUCCGGGAAGACCUCCCUAACCUUGAAUCGACCGAGGAAACGGAACAGAUCAACAAACACUUUCACAACACGCUGGAGCACUUGCGCUCGAGGAGAGAGUCCCCUGAGUCGGAGGGCCCCAUCUACGAAGGGCUGGUCAUAUAGGGGGGCGGAACCUCCUGUGCGUUUGCACCACACCCAACCGGAUCACCUUUCCAUUUACAACACAGUACCUGGGUUUUGUUUUUAUUACGGCGAUGCUAGAGUUUCAUAGAUUUGUGCCUUUCGGAAGUGCCAAGUUAGGCUACCUGCGCUCUCUCUCUCUCCCUCCUUUUUUUGCUUUCGUUUCUGUACUUGGCAUGUAUGUGCGACGUGUUCAGCGCUUUGCUUCCAAGCACUUGCGUUCACCACUUCUACCAGGUUUCCCCCCCCCCCAA